CACCAUUGAACAGGUGGCGCAUGGCAUUCAUGGCAUUGUUUACGUGACUCACUUUUCAAAUUCCUGAGCGAGUGAAAUUGUGGUCGAGUUUACGUGUAGAAUGAUCAGUGUUACCGUUUGAAGAUUGCUUUCAUAAAACACUUUCAACCCCAACUAGAUUUUUCUCCUUGGAAGGUAAAGAAAAUAAGGCAAUCGACCGCAUGCAACCGAGGUGAUGUAAUCCGUAAAUGCCGUCGUGAAAUCAGCCUAACGGGAGAGCGUGUUUGGAGCGGUGGAGCUCCGGGAGCAGAGGUCAAAUUUGUCGGUCGAGAUGGCUGAGCGUCGUUCGCCUAGACAACAAGGACCCACGCGGUGCCACUGCUGGGCCAGACAGAUCUACCGUUACUUCUGGCUUCUUUUCCUUGGGAUAUUUUUCUCGAGCUUUCUGCAAACAGUGGGUGCUCAAUCCUGUCUGGGUGCUGUGAGUCUGACAGCGUGUGCCAAUGGCGACUGUAUCUUCACGAACUGGAUAUGUGACGGGUUUGCUGACUGCGCAGACAUGUCAGAUGAGUCGGACGCGACUUGCGUAGAGGGCGUGACUGCUUGUGUUUCCUCACCGUGUCUCAACGGUGGCGCCUGCAUGCCGAUCCCGAGAACGACCGACCACGUUGCCCUUUUCAACUGUACUUGUCCUUAUCCUUACACUGGUGCUACCUGCGAAAUCACGCUCACCACGACGCCGCCUUCGGCAAUAUCCACCGAAAUGUUUGUGACGACAUUUGCUGCAGUCACGACAAAACCCCCCACAGCUGCGCAGACUGAAACGCCUAGUACAGCACAGCAGAGACUGACAACAGAUGCACCCAUUGCAACCCAGCAGCCAUUUCUUACUACAGUGGCGGUACCCAUUGAAACCCAGCAGCCACUUGUUACUACAGCCAGGGCACCCGCUGAAACCCAGGAGCCACCUGUUACCACAGUGGAGGUACCCGUUGAAACCCAGCAGCCACUUGUUACUACAGCCAGGGCACCCGCUGAAACCCAGCAGCCACCUGUUACCACAGUGGAGGUACCCAUUGCAACCCAGCAGCCACUUGUUACUACAGCCAAAGCACCCGCUGAAACCCAGGAGCCACCUGUUACCACAGCAGAGUUACCGGUAUUACCCAUUGCAACCCAGCAGCCACUUGUUACUACAGCCAGGGCACCCGCUGAAACCCAGGAGCUACCUGUUAUCACAGCAGAGUUACCCAUCACAACCCAGCAGGCACCCACCACUGGAAUCCCAGCAAGACAGACUACACUUGCACCAGAUACAAGAACUACGCAAAGCCAGCAGACCGUGCUUACGCAAAUGCCGCAGUCCACAGAUCCUGAUGCAUGCGGUUCCGGUCCUUGCAUUAACGGUGCAACAUGUGUAGCUACAGUAGAUGGUUUUCAAUGUCAGUGUCCAUCAGGAUUUGAAGGAGUAACCUGUGCCCGGCCAGUCCUCAAUGCCUGCAGCAGCUCACCGUGUAGUACGGGAGGCAUAUGCCUAAUAGAUCCCAACGGUUAUCACUGUCAGUGCUUCACUGGAUUCGCCGGCGCGAACUGCGAGACAAACAUAGACGAAUGCGCAAGCAACCCCUGCUCGGCUCCGGCAACUUGCCAAGACGGCAUCGAUCGCUACGACUGCGUCUGUCCCGCGGGGCUGUUCGGUCCGGACUGCGCAGACGAGGUGGAUGAGUGCGCAUCGGGUCCCUGUCUCAACGGCGCCACCUGCGAGGACCGACUUGGGAGUUUUGUCUGCCUGUGCCCGGCGGGACUGGCGGGGCUGACUUGCAAUGAGAACAUCAACGAGUGCAGGAGCCAGCCCUGCCAAAAUGGCGGUGGUUGCGUUGACGGCAUCAAUGGCUACACUUGCAACUGCCUGGGCGGCUUCACCGGUACCCAUUGCGAGAAUGACGGGAACCAGUGCGCCAGCAACCCGUGCAACAACGGCGGGACGUGUGAGGAACUGGUCAAGGCGUAUCGCUGCAUCUGCCCUGUCGGUCUGGCUGGGUUACGGUGCGACACGGACCUCAUCAAUGAGUGCACCAGUAGUCCAUGCCAGAAUGGUGGGACUUGCAUCAAUGAAUUGGGCAGCUACCGUUGUAACUGCACGCAGGGUUGGUUUGGGACUAGCUGUGAAGAUGACGGGGACCAGUGUGCAUCUUCUCCUUGCCUGAAUGGAGCUACCUGUGUAGAUGGCAUCAUGUCCUAUGCAUGUGAAUGUGUGCUUGGUUACAAUGGUACAAACUGUGAGCAAGAUCUUGACGAGUGCAGCAGCAACCCGUGCCACGAGAGCGCAACCUGCGAGAACCUGGUCAAUGAGUAUCGCUGUGUCUGCCCGGCUGGCUUCACUGGAGCUGCGUGCGACGUCGACAUCAAUGAAUGCGCCAGCAAUCCCUGUGUUAAUGGGCUCUGCCAAAACAAUGUGGCCUUUUUUAUGUGCUUUUGUAUUCCUGGGUAUAUCGGUACGAUGUGCGAGACCGAGAUCAACGAAUGCGGCAGUAACCCCUGUGGGGUAAAUGGAGUGUGCGUCGAUCUUCUCAAUCGGUUCCGGUGCGAUUGUCAACCAGGGUACGCAGGAGUUAGCUGUGAGAUUGAUAUAAAUGAGUGUGCUGGGAACCCGUGCAUGAAUGGGGCAACGUGUAGCGAUCUCAUCGCAGGGUUUGAGUGCACGUGUUUGCCUGGUUUCACUGGGACCCUCUGCGAAAUUGACGUCGGAGAGUGCGACAGUUCACCGUGCGGGAAUAAUGGAGUCUGCAACGAGGGGACGAAUGGAUACACUUGUUCCUGUAAUCCGGGGUUCGCUGGAACGCACUGUGAGAUUGAUGUGGACGAGUGUGCGAGCCAGCCGUGUCAGAAUGGUGCUACGUGCCGCGAUGGCGGGAACAUGUUUGAAUGUGAGUGCACUAUGGGAUAUAGGGGUACGCUAUGUGAGCAGGACAUCCCAGAAUGCAACAGUGACCCGUGCCAAAAUGGCGCGACCUGCAUCGAUGAAGUGGCGUCGUACAUCUGCAUGUGUGUCCUUGGCUACAGUGGGUCUAACUGCGAGAUUCAAGUAGACGAGUGUGAAAGCGAUCCGUGUAUGAAUGGCGCCACAUGUGAAGACAUGAUUAACUCUUUCCGCUGCCAGUGUGUCAGUGGAUACAUAGGCUCGCUUUGUGAAAUCAAUGUUGAUGAAUGCGCCAGUGAUCCCUGUCAGAACAGCGGCGUGUGUAUUGAGGGAAUUGGUCGGUACUCAUGCAUAUGUAGUGGUGGAUACGCGGGUAUGAAUUGUGAGAGCGAAAUCGUAGAAUGCGCCAGUUUCCCGUGCCAGAAUGGAGCCACUUGCCUUGAACUGGUCAAUGCUUACAGCUGCGUGUGCCCUCGCGGAUACGUCGGUGUCAACUGCGAGGAAGAUUUCAAUGAGUGCGCAAGCCAGCCGUGCCUUUUUGGUGGAGUGUGCACUCAAGGUGUUGGGUUCUUUUCCUGUGAGUGUCAGCCGGGGUACAAAGGGGCAAAGUGCGAGGAGAAUAUCGACGAGUGCGUGAGUGAUCCUUGCUUGAAUGGCACCUGUGUCGAUGCGGUGAACGGCUUUUCCUGUACCUGCCUGGCUGGAUUUGAAGGUGAGCAGUGUGAAGUAGAUAUCGAUGAGUGUGCAAGCAAUCCAUGCCAGAACGGUGCAGCUUGCCAGAAUGUGGUUAACGGCUACACCUGCAACUGCAUUCUUGGUUUUACGGGCCCGGACUGCGGGAUCAACAUCGAUGAAUGCAUCAGCAGACCGUGCCAAAAUGGCGCAACCUGCUCUGAUGGGGUUAACGGUUACCGGUGUCUGUGUGCGUCGGGCUUCGUCGGUCUGUCCUGUGAAGGGGAGACGCAGGAGUGCAAUAGCAACCCCUGCCUGAAUGGUGCAAGCUGCAACGACCUUGUGGAUGCCUAUUCCUGCACCUGUGCUGCUGGCUAUGAGGGGACACACUGCGAAAGGGAAAUUGAUGAGUGUGAGAGCUCACCCUGUUUAAACUCAGGCACCUGCCAGGACAUAUUCUUGGGUUUCAUGUGUGCAUGUGUGUCUGGGUAUCAGGGCACGCAAUGCCAGGAGGAGGUUGACGAGUGCAGGAGUGAUCCCUGUCAGAACGGAGCCACAUGCAUGGAUUUCUUUGACCGGUAUGAGUGUCUGUGUGCUCCUGGGUAUUCCGGCGCCAAUUGUCAGGUGGAUAUCACAGAGUGUGCAAGUAGUCCGUGCGUGAACGGCCAGUGCAUUGAUGAGGUGAAUGGUUACCGGUGUUCGUGCCCUCCUGGGUUUAUCGGAACUCGUUGCGAGGAAGACGUAGACGAAUGUAUGAGCGAUCCUUGUCUGAACAACGCCCCAUGCUUAGAUCUGAUUGAUCGGUUUGAGUGUCAGUGCAUUAUGGGAUGGGAGGGGACUCUCUGCGAGAAUGAUAUAGACGAAUGCGCUAGUGACCCUUGUCAGAAUGGUGCACCAUGUACGCAAUCAAUUGGCAGGUAUUUUUGUGAUUGCUUGGCUGGCUACGCAGGGACAAACUGUGAAGUUAACAUCAACGAAUGUGCCAGUAAUCCAUGCCGUAAUCAGGCUGUAUGCUUGGAUCUUGUCAACAUGUACAAUUGCACCUGUCAGCCGGGCUACGUCGGAGAGAAUUGUGAAGUGGAGAUCAAUGAGUGCUCUAGUAACCCUUGUGAGAAUGGUGCAGAAUGCCGAGACAGGCCCAACAGUUUUCUUUGUGUCUGUGAUCCGGGGUUCAACGGCGAUCGCUGCGAGACCAAUAUCCAGGAGUGUCUCAGUAACCCCUGCCGAAAUGGCGCAGAGUGCGUAGAUCGUGCCAAUGCCUACUCCUGUAUAUGCACUGAGGGAUUUGGUGGAACCAACUGCAUGAUUGAUAUCGAUGAGUGUGCCAGCGGACCCUGCCAGAAUGGAGCUCGCUGCCGCGACGUGGUCAACGGGCACCAGUGUCUGUGCCCUGCCGGGUACCAGGGUAGCCACUGUGAGAUUGAUAUUGAUGAAUGUGCAAGUGGACCUUGCUUUAACGGAGCGACGUGCAUGGAUGGUCCUAACAAUUACACCUGUUUGUGUGCUCCUGGGUUUGAAGGGAUCCGGUGUCAAACAGAUUCCGAUGAGUGUGAAGUGCAGCCAUGCUUAAAUGGCGCUCAGUGUGCUGAUGGUAUCAACAGCUUCACCUGCACGUGUCUGUCCGGAUUCACAGGAUCAGCUUGUGAAAUCAACAUUGACGAAUGCGAGAGUGACCCUUGUGUUAAUAAUGGCACUUGCAGAGAUCUUGUCAAUGGAUACGAAUGCCUGUGUGUGGCCGGGUACCAGGGAAUCACCUGUGAGCAAGAUGUCUUGGAGUGUGCCAGCAACCCGUGCCAAAAUGGCGCCCUUUGUGUAGACCAAGUCAGCGGCUACGUCUGCGAGUGCCGGCCUGGGUUUGAAGGUACCCACUGCGAGGUUAAUAUUGAUGAAUGUGCUAGCUCACCGUGCACCAAUGGCGCCACGUGUCAGGAUGUUGUCAAUGGUUACACUUGCAUUUGUCCUGAGGGUUACCAGGGAUCGGAGUGCGGGGAGGACAUCCAUGAAUGCGAUAGCGACCCUUGCCAAAAUGGCGCUACCUGUCUUGAUCAGGUCAGCAGUUACUCCUGCGUGUGUCCGCCGGGCUACGAGGGACUGCAUUGUGAAAUGGAUAUUGACGAGUGCGAAAGCAGUCCGUGCAGCAAUGGCGCGCAGUGCCACAACCAGAUCAACGGUUUCGUCUGCAUGUGUCCUGACGGCUUCAAUGGCACUUAUUGUCAAAUUGACAUAGAUGAGUGUGGGAGCUCUCCCUGUCGGAACGGCGCCAUCUGCAGGAAUCUUGUUAACAGUUACCGUUGCGAUUGUCGUUUGGGUUUCCAGGGAACAGACUGCGAACAGGAGAUUGACGAGUGCCUGAGCAACCCUUGUCGUAACAACGCAACUUGUGUGGAUGCCGUGAAUCACUACCAAUGCAAUUGCGCCGAUGGUUAUGAAGGAGGUCUCUGUGAUCAAGAAAUUGAUGAGUGUCUGAGUAAUCCGUGCUUGAAUGGUGCCCAGUGUGUGGACCAGUUAGCUGGGUAUCGAUGUGAGUGUGCGGAGGGUUUUGUCGGUACCACCUGCAGCAUGGAGAUUAAUGAGUGCUCCAGCAGCCCUUGCCAGAAUGGCGCUAGGUGUGAGAACCUAGUGGCGAGAUUCAACUGUGUCUGUGUGGCUGGGUUCGUCGGCAAUCAAUGUGAGACCAACGUCCAGGAGUGUGGAAGCUCCCCUUGCCAGAAUGGCGCGAUCUGCAUGGACGGGAUCAACAGCUACCAGUGUGUGUGCAGGCAAGGGUUUAUGGGUACCCACUGCGAGACAGAUAUAGACGAAUGCAGUAGCAACCCUUGCGAGAACGGUGGCACGUGCUCUGAUCUGGUCGGCCAGUUUCAGUGUCAGUGUCUCCCCGGUUACCAGGGUGAACGUUGCGAGGUGGACAUUGACGAAUGCGCAAGCAAUCCCUGCCAGGGCGGUGCCGCGGAAUGCGUGGAUCAGAUCAACGCAUUUGCGUGCGUCUGUCGGGCAGGGUUUGAAGGUAAGCAAUGUGAGGUUGAUAUCAAUGAGUGCGAUAGUAAUCCUUGUCAGAACGGAGCGCCCUGCAUAGAUUUGAUCAAUUCUUACCGAUGCGAUUGUACUGCCGGUUUUAACGGUAUAAACUGUUCAGUCGAAAUAAAUGAAUGUUCAAGUGAUCCGUGUGCAAACGGAGCAGCCUGCAAUGAUAGAAUCGCAGGGUAUAAUUGCACCUGUCUGCCUGGGUUUACCGGGCUGAACUGCGAGAUCGAAAUUCAAGAAUGCGCUAGCGAUCCCUGCCAACACGGGGCCACUUGUAAUGAAGAAAUCAACGGCUAUACGUGCAUAUGUCCCAAUGGCUUUACCGGAACUCACUGCGAAAUCAACAUUGACGAGUGUGCAUCCAACCCCUGUGUGAAUAAUGGAACGUGCCAAGAUGGCGUCGACUCGUACGUAUGCCUCUGCGUUCCUGGCUUCCAGGGCCCAAACUGUGAAGUCGACAUCGAUGAAUGUGCGAGCAACCCUUGUCAGAAUUUGGCAAGGUGCGUCGACUCCCAGAAUAUUUUCACAUGCGAGUGCAUUGCUGGCUUCAAUGGCGUGCGCUGCGAAAUGAACAUCAAUGAGUGCGCAAGCAACCCGUGCCUAAACGGCGGACAGUGCACCGAUCACAUUAACGCCUUCAACUGCAGUUGCAUAAGCGGCUUCAUCGGGGACCGUUGCGAGACCGAUGUCGACGAAUGCCAAAGCUCCCCCUGCGAGAACAACGCGACUUGCCUGGACUUGCUAGAUGGCUACAACUGCCUCUGCCCACCAGGGUUCAACGGUACCCACUGUGAGACCGACAUUCAGGAAUGUGCCAGCGAUCCGUGCAUGAACCAAGCAACUUGUGUGGACAUGGUGAAUGGUUUCAGAUGCGAUUGUUCACCAGGCUUUACAGGCAUCUUCUGUGAAACAGACAUCAAUGAAUGCAGUAGCUCACCAUGCAUGAAUGGAGCGACCUGCCAAGAUCUGAUCGACGAAUACCGGUGUGUCUGUCCUCUCGGUUUCUAUGGCAACAAUUGCCAGAAUGAGACUGACGAAUGCAUGAGCGACCCCUGUCAGAAUUCCGCCGUUUGCAUGGAUGGUGUCGCCACAUACACGUGUGCGUGCGUCCCUGGAUACACUGGCAUAAACUGCGAGACUGAGGUACAGGAAUGCAUCAGCAACCCGUGUCAGAAUAACGCGACAUGCCUUGAAGAAAUCAACGGCUUUAUGUGCAUUUGUCCUGACGGCUAUGAUGGCGACCGCUGUGAGAAUGACAUCGAUGAGUGUACUUCGAACCCUUGCUUGAAUAAUGGAACGUGCCAAGAUGGGGUCGGCAUGUACGCUUGUCUGUGUCUACCGGGUUACACAGGUGAUAAUUGCGAGACUGAUGUCGACGAGUGCGCGAGCAACCCUUGUCAGAAUUCCGCCACUUGUCUGGAUUUGGUGGACCGCUUUGAGUGUGACUGUGUCCCAGGCUACGAGGGCCCACUUUGCGAGACCGAUACAAAUGAAUGUGACAGUAACCCAUGUUUGAACAGCGGGCGUUGCGUCGACCAGCUCAAUGCCUUCAUUUGUAGCUGCGUGACGGGUUUCACUGGCGAACGUUGCGAGAUCCCCAGCGACGAAUGUGAGAGCAAUCCUUGCGAGAAUGGCGCAACAUGCCAGGACAUCUUCAAUGGCUACAUCUGCCAGUGCGUCCCUGGGUUUUCGGGGACGCACUGUGAAGUGGACAUUGACGAAUGCGCAAGCAACCCCUGCCAGGGUGGUGCCGCGGAAUGCGUGGAUCAGAUCAAUGCCUUUGAAUGUGUCUGUCUAGCAGGGUUUGAAGGUAAGCAAUGUGAGGUUGAUAUCAAUGAGUGCGAUAGUAAUCCUUGUCAGAACGGAGCGCCCUGCAUAGAUUUGAUCAAUUCUUACCGAUGCGAUUGCACUGCCGGUUUCAACAGCAUAAACUGUUCAGUCGAAAUAAAUGAAUGUUCAAGUGAUCCGUGUGCAAACGGAGCCGCCUGCAAUGAUAGAAUCGCAGGGUAUAAUUGCACAUGUCUGCCUGGGUUCACCGGGCUGAACUGCGAGAUCGAAAUUCAAGAAUGCGCUAGCAAUCCCUGCCAACACCGGGCGACUUGUAAUGAAGAAAUCAAUGGCUAUACGUGCAUAUGUCCCGACAGCUUUACCGGAACUCACUGUGAAAUCAACAUUGACGAGUGUGCAUCCAACCCCUGUGUGAAUAAUGGAACGUGUCAAGAUGGCGUCAACUCGUACGUAUGCCUCUGCGUUCCUGGCUUCCAAGGCCCAAACUGUGAAGUCGACAUCGAUGAAUGUGCGAGCAACCCUUGUCAGAAUUUGGCAAGGUGCAUCGACUCCCAGAAUCACUUCAUAUGUGAGUGCGUCGCAGGCUUCAACGGCUCGCGCUGCGAAACGAACAUAAAUGAGUGCGCAAGCAACCCAUGCCUAAACGGCGGACAGUGCACCGACCACAUUAACGCCUUCAACUGCAGUUGCAUAAGCGGCUUCAUCGGGGACCAUUGCGAGACCGAUGUCGACGAAUGCCAGAGCUCCCCCUGCGAGAACAACGCGACUUGCCUGGACUUGCUAGAUGGCUACAACUGCCUCUGCCCACCAGGGUUCAACGGUACCCACUGCGAGACCGACAUUCAGGAAUGUGCCAGCGAUCCGUGCAUGAACCAAGCAACUUGUAUGGACAUUGUGAAUGGUUUCAGAUGCGAUUGUACGCCAGGCUUCACAGGCAUCUUCUGUGAAACAGACAUCAAUGAAUGCAGUAGUUCACCAUGCAUGAAUGGAGCGACCUGCCAAGAUCUGAUCGACGAAUACCGUUGUGUCUGUCCUCUCGGUUUCUAUGGCAACAAUUGCCAGAAUGAGACUGACGAAUGCGUGAGCGACCCCUGUCAGAAUUCCGCCGUUUGCAUGGAUGGUGUCGCCACAUACACGUGUGCGUGCGUCCCUGGAUACACUGGCAUAAACUGCGAGACUGAGGUACAGGAAUGCAUCAGCAACCCGUGUCAGAAUAACGCAACGUGCCUUGAAGAAAUCAACGGCUUUAUGUGCAUUUGUCCUGACGGCUAUGAUGGCGACCGCUGUGAGAAUGACAUCGAUGAAUGUGCUUCGAACCCUUGCUUGAAUAAUGGAACGUGCCAAGAUGGGGUCGGCAUGUACGCUUGUCUGUGUCUACGGGGUUACAAAGGUGAUAAUUGCGAGACUGAUAUCGAUGAGUGCGCGAGCUACCCUUGUCAGAAUUCUGCCACUUGUCUGGACUUGGUGGACCGCUUCGUGUGUGACUGUGUCCCAGGCUACGAGGGCCCACUCUGUGAGACCGAUACAAAUGAAUGUGACAGUAACCCAUGUUUGAACAGCGGGCGUUGCGUCGACCAGCUCAACGCCUUCUUCUGUAGCUGCGUGACGGGUUUCACUGGCGAACGUUGCGAGAUCCCAGUCAACGAAUGUGAGAGUGACCCUUGCGAGAAUGGCGCGACGUGCCAGGACAUCUUCAAUGGCUACAUCUGCCAGUGCGUCUCUGGGUUUUCGGGGACGCACUGCGAAGUGGACAUCCCAGAAUGCAGCAGCAGCCCGUGUCUUAAUGGAGCAACAUGUGUGGAUCUGGUUAACAGCUACAGAUGUGACUGUGUGGCCGGCUAUGCAGGAGACAACUGUGAGACAAACAUAGACGAGUGUGCGUCCAAUCCCUGCCAGAACGGAGCCACGUGUCAGGACGGCGUCAACAGAUAUGAGUGCACUUGUGUGACUGGCUACAAUGGGACCAACUGCGAGGCAGAGAUAGACGAAUGCGCCAGCACCCCGUGCAUGAAUGAGGCUUUCUGUUCUGAUUUGCUGGAUGGAUAUCGUUGCACCUGUCAGCCAGGAUUUACAGGGCUACAGUGCGAAGUCAACAUCGACGACUGCGUGGGCGUGGUCUGCACCAACGGCGCCACCUGCCUGGACGGAAUCAACACCUACACCUGCGUCUGCCCAGCAGGCUUCACCGGUGCCCUGUGCAACGUGGAGAUCAACGAAUGCGACUCCACGCCGUGCUUGAACCAGGGGACGUGCACAGACCUACUGGCCGGUUACCGGUGCGACUGUCUGGUGGGGUUUGCAGGGGACCAGUGUCAGACUAAUGUCGACGAUUGCGCAAGCAGCCCUUGUCAGAAUGGAGGUACAUGUGUUGACCUUUUGAAUGCCUACCGGUGUGACUGCCCGGAUGGGUUUGGCGGUAUUCACUGUGAGAUAGACGGUGACCAGUGCGUGCCCGAUCCUUGUAUGAAUGGAGCCACAUGUGUUGACCUAGUCAAAGAUUACAGAUGUGAAUGCACGGCUGAAUUCAGCGGAACAAACUGUGAAACAGACAUCAUUGACCAGUGUGGCAGCAACCCUUGCCUGAAUGAUGGCACUUGUGAAAACCUGGCCGGGGCUUACCGAUGCGUCUGCCGGCCGGAAUGGUUUGGCACAAACUGUGAAUUGGACGGUGACCAGUGCAUAUCCAACCCGUGCCAAAACGGGGGUACAUGCUUCGACGGCGUGCAGAGGUUUAUGUGCAUUUGUGCAUCAGGAUUUGAGGGGGUACAGUGUCAAGUGAACAUUGACGAAUGUGUCAGUGAUCCCUGCGCAAAUGGCGCGACCUGCGUCGACGGCAGUAACGGCUACACCUGUGUGUGUGCCGCGGGCUACACCGGUACCCGCUGCGACUCGGAGCUCUUCGAGUGCGCCAGUAACCCUUGCUUAAACGGUGCUGCGUGCCGGGACCAGGUUGGCGGCUAUGACUGCAUUUGCCAGGUUGGUUUCAGCGGGGACAACUGCGAAAUCAACAUCAAUGACUGCGUUGGGAAUCUGUGUCAACAUGGAGCCAUCUGCGUUGAUGGUGUCAAUAGAUAUACGUGUGAAUGUGCAGAAGGAUUUGAAGGAUUGUUCUGCCAGAAUGAUAUCAAUGAGUGUGCCAACAACCCCUGCCAGAACGGGGCAGUGUGCCAAGAUCUGUCCGGAGGUUUCUUCUGCGAAUGCAACUUAGGCUUUGAGGGGACCCUGUGCGACACCAACACGGACGAAUGCGCGUCCGACCCGUGCCAAAACGGUGCCACCUGCGACGAUGUCGCAAACGCCUUCACGUGCCGGUGCUUACCGGGAUUUGCCGGCCCGCUGUGUGCUGAAAACAUAGACGAGUGCGCAAGCGACCCAUGCUUGCAAUCUGGCACGUGCACCGAUUUGGUCAAUGGUUACGUCUGUGCGUGCCCGGAUGGUUUCCAAGGCGACCGUUGCCAGACGGAUAUUCAGGAGUGUGUCAGCCAGCCGUGCAUGAACGGCGGGGCUUGCGUGGACCUUGUUGCGAGCUACCAGUGCAAUUGUCCAGCAGGUUAUGCGGGAACCAACUGCGAGAUUCAGAUCAACGAAUGCAUUAGCAAUCCCUGCAGGAAUGGAGGUCAGUGUCAGGACCUGAUAGCAGGCUACCGCUGUGCCUGCCCGUCCAACUACGCCGGCCCGACCUGCGACAUCUUCCUAGACGUCUGCUCCUCCAACCCCUGCAAGAACGGUGGCUUCUGCCGCAACACCGGCAACGGCCAGUUCACGUGCACCUGCCUGCCGGGCUUCAUCAGCAUGCAGUGCGAGCAGGAGGUGAACGAGUGCGAGAGUGCACCGUGUCAGAAUGAAGGAAACUGCGUGGAUCUGGUCAAUGGGUACCAGUGCAUGUGUGCUGCUGGCUACCUAGGCAACAACUGUCAGCUUGAAAUCGACGAAUGCCUGUCAAAUCCCUGUCUGAACAGCGGCACCUGCACCGACGCAGUCAACGGAUACACCUGCGCAUGCACCACCAACUGGGCCGGCACCACGUGCGAGAUGCAGUCGCGCUGCGUGAACAACCCGUGCCAGAACGGCGCCGUCUGCAACGAGCCGGCGGGCGGAGGGACCGGGAACGCCGUCUGUAUUUGUCUGGAUGGUUUCACAGGGGGGUUGUGUGAAAUCGACGUUGAUGACUGCGUGGGGAACCCUUGCGGAGGACAAGGAACCUGUGUUGAUGGUGUUAACAGUUUCACGUGCGAGUGUGCAUUUGGAUAUGCUGGUGAUACGUGUAAUGAGUACGUUGAUGUAUGCAGUCCCAACCCGUGCAAACACGACAGCUAUUGUUGCCAAAUCGGCGUGGUUGGCUGCCCGCCCUUGUCGCCGGGCCAACGCCAGUGUUUCUGCGUGGACGGCUUCAGCGGCGACAUGUGCGAGAUUGAGAUCGACGCCUGCAUCGCCUCCAGUGAGCCCCCUUGCGCCAACAACGGACAGUGCAUCGACCUGCGGCAGGGUUACCGCUGCGUCUGCCAGACCGGUUUCACCGGUGCCCGGUGCGAGAACGACAUCCCUUGUACACCGGAUCCCUGCGUUAACGGUGCCUGUCAGAUUAUUGGUACGGGGUACCAGUGUGCUUGCAACCCUGGCUGGACAGGGCUGAACUGCAACGUCCAGAUCACGCCCUGCGACAGUCAACCGUGCAUCAACGGAGGGCAGUGUUCCUUCACCGGCGAUCAGUACACCUGCGAUUGCGGACUGAUGUACACCGGCAUCAACUGCGAGACACGGAUCACACCUUGCGACAGCAGCCCCUGCCUGAAUGGGGGUUUAUGCCGCGUCCAAAAUGACGUCUCGUAUGAGUGCCUCUGUAUGCCGAAUUACAUAGGGGAACGAUGUGAGACUGAGGUACUUCCUUGCGACAGCUCUCCGUGUCUUAACAACGGCGUCUGCCGGAAUCAAGGGAAUUCUUACGCUUGCACCUGCCCUAGCGGCUUCACUGGUGUUAAUUGCCAAAUGCAAAUCUUGCCGUGCGACAUCCAGCCUUGUAUCAGUGGAACUUGCAUCAACGUCGGCGACACCUACACCUGCAAUUGCCCACAGGGCAUCACUGGCCAAUUCUGCGAGAGCACGGUAGCGCCGCCGCUGCCGUGCGACACAAACCCCUGCCUGAACGGUGAUUGUCAGAACGUUGGCGACACGUUCUUCUGCAACUGCAACGACGGCUUUACAGGUCAGAGUUGUGAGAGCACAGUCCCUCCACCACUGCCUUGCGACUCUAACCCUUGCUCUAAUAACGGCCAGUGCAUGAACGUGGUCGAUGCUUACACGUGUGUCUGUAGUGGUAGUUUUACCGGCCAGAACUGCGAAAGCACUGUCCCGCCACCUUUGCCUUGCGAUUCUAGUCCGUGCUUUAGCGGCCAGUGCACAAAUACAGGCGAUUCAUACGUUUGCAUUUGUGACGCUGGUGUUACAGGCCAAAACUGUGAAAGCACCAUUCCCCCGCCCCUACCCUGCGAUUCCAACCCCUGCUUAAAUGGCCAAUGCGUCAACGUUGGCGACGCUUUUUCUUGCAUAUGUGACGAAAGCUUUACAGGCCAAAACUGCGAAAGCACUAUCCCGCCUCCCCUACCGUGUGAAUCAAAUCCCUGCAUUUCUGGCCAGUGUGUCAAUAACGGCGAUUCGUACACUUGUGUUUGUCAGGAAAACUUCACCGGACAAAAUUGUGAGAGCACUGUCCCCCCACCCUUACCAUGUGCGUCAAGCCCCUGCGUGAAUGGUCGAUGUUUUGACAAUAUGGAUUCAUACGUGUGCAUCUGCGAUGGAGGUUUUACCGGCCAAAACUGUGAAAGCACAAUUCCACCACCCUUGCCUUGCGACGAAAAUCCUUGUGCUAACGGCCAGUGCGUGAACACUGUCGAUUCGUACACUUGUAUUUGUGAUGAAAACUUUACUGGCCAAAAUUGUGAAACGACCAUUCCCCCGCCUUUGCCCUGUGACUCAAACCCUUGUGUUUCUGGCCAGUGUAUAAACAAUGGUGACUCGUACACUUGUAUUUGUGGCGAAAAUUUUACCGGCCAAAAUUGUGAAAGCACUAUCCCACCGCCACUACCAUGCGACUCAAAUCCUUGUGUUAAUGGCCAGUGCAUGAACAGUGGCGAUUCAUUUACAUGCAUAUGUGGUCAAAAUUUUACCGGCCAGAACUGUGAAAGUACGAUCCCACCGCCGCUACCAUGUGACUCAAAUCCUUGUUUUACUGGCCAAUGCUUAAAUGAGGGCGAUUCGUACAUGUGCAUUUGUGAGCAAAACUUCACCGGCCAAAAUUGUGAAACCACCAUACCUCCACCCCUACCUUGUGAUUCGAAUCCUUGUUUCAAUGGCCAGUGUUUGAAUAAUGGAGAUUCGUACAUCUGCCGUUGCGACCAAAACUUCACCGGCCAGAAUUGUGAGAGUACAAUCCCGCCACCUCUACCAUGUGACUCAAACCCUUGUGUUUCUGGCCAGUGCUUGAAUAAUGGAGAUUCGUACAUCUGUCGCUGCGAUCAAAACUUUACAGGCCAAAACUGUGAGAGCACGAUCCCACCGCCACUACCCUGUGACUCAAACCCUUGCGUUAAUGGCCAGUGCGUGAACAGUGGCGAUUCCUUUACUUGCGUAUGUGGCCAAAAUUUUACCGGCCAAAAUUGUGAGAGUACUAUACCACCGCCACUACCCUGUGACUCCAACCCUUGCAUUAAUGGCCAGUGCGUGAACAGUGGCGAUUCCUUUACUUGCGUAUGUGGCCAAAAUUUUACCGGCCAAAAUUGUGAGAGUACUAUACCACCGCCACUACCCUGUGACUCCAACCCUUGCAUUAAUGGCCAGUGCGUGAAUGCUGGUGAUUCGUUCACAUGCAUUUGUGGCCAAAAUUUUACGGGCCAAAAUUGUGAGACUACCAUCCCACCGCCCCUGCCAUGUGACUCCAAUCCUUGUGUGAAUGGCCAGUGCGUGAACGGUGGUGAUUCAUUCACAUGCAUUUGUGGCCAAAAUUUUACCGGCCAAAAUUGUGAGAGUACCAUCCCACCGCCUUUACCUUGUGACUCAAACCCAUGUGUUUCUGGACAGUGCAUAAAUAAUGCUGAUUCGUACAUCUGUCGUUGCGACCAAAACUUUACCGGCCAAAACUGUGAAAGCACGAUACCACCUCCCCUACCAUGUGACUCAAAUCCUUGUGUUUCUGGCCAGUGCAUCAAUAACGGCGAUUCGUACAUUUGCAAUUGCGACCAAAACUUCACUGGCCAAAACUGUGAGAGUACGAUUCCACCGCCCCUACCCUGUGACACAAACCCUUGUGUUAACGGCCAGUGUGUGAACAAUGGUGAUUUGUACACCUGUAUUUGUGACCCCAAUUUCACCGGCCAAAACUGUGAGAGUACAAUCCCACCACCUCUACCAUGCAACUCAAACCCUUGCUUUACCGGCCAGUGUGUCAACAACGGUGAUUCGUACAUUUGCAUCUGCGAUGUCAACUUUACCGGCCAAAACUGUGAGAGCACUGUUCCGCCGCCGUUACCAUGUGACUCCAAUCCUUGUAUUAACGGACGAUGCUUGGAUGACACAGACUCUUAUCUCUGUAUCUGCAAUGACGGUUUCACUGGCCAGAAUUGUGAGAGUCCCAUCCAGCCGUCCAUGCCGUGCAACUCAAAUCCUUGUGUUGCCGGCCGGUGCUUUGAUAACGCCGACACCUACCUUUGCGUCUGCGACGAGAACUUUGUCGGCCAGAACUGCGAUAGCACCGUUCCCCCUCCCCAGCCCUGCGAUUCAAGCCCGUGCUCGAAUGGCCAGUGCGUGAAUGCCGGUGACUCGUACAUGUGUGUGUGCGACGAGAAUUUUACCGGCCAGGACUGCGAAACCACAAUCCCGCCGCCGUUACCUUGCAGUUCCAAUCCCUGCUCCAGUAAUGGCCAAUGCAUGAACCAAGCCGGUGCUUUCGUGUGUGUCUGUGAUGCUGGUUUUACAGGUCAGACUUGUGAAUCGUCCAUUGAGCCAUGCACCAGCAAUCCAUGCCAGAACGGCCAGUGCUUCAACAUGCCGAACGCGUACCGUUGCGUCUGCGACGCGGGCUACACCGGCGUGAACUGCGAAAUCCCCCCAUCGGCUCCGUGCGCCAGCAAUCCAUGCCUGAGGGGGCAGUGUACGGAGGCGAAUAAUGCGUACACGUGUCAGUGUGUUGAUGGCUACAGGGGCGUGAACUGCGACAUCCCCCCGCCGGCGCCGUGCGAUAGUAACCCCUGUCUGAACAACGGCCAGUGUGCAGAAGCGAAUGGAGCUUAUACAUGUGGCUGUUUGAAUGGUUACACCGGUGUGAAUUGUGAAAUCGCGCCUCCCUUACCGUGCGCCAGUAACCCCUGCGUGAACGGACAGUGCCUGAACCAGCCAAGCGGCUACCGGUGUGUCUGCGACACCGGCUACACUGGCGUCAACUGCGAGAUAGCUCCGCCAACCCCUUGCGCAAGCAACCCGUGCCUCAAUGGUCAGUGUACGGAACAGAACGGUGCCUACGUUUGUACGUGCACGGACGGAUACCGGGGUGUGAACUGCGAUAUUCCCCCGCCUUUGUCGUGCAUCAGCAACCCGUGCUUUAACAACGGCGUUUGCGUAGACACGACAAACGCGUACACCUGCCAGUGCGUUAAUGGCUACACCGGGGUCAACUGCGAAAUUCCGCCAGUAACACCUUGCAGUAGUAACCCAUGCUCCAACAACGGUUUAUGCGUAGACACGAAUAACGGGUAUACUUGCCAGUGCGUCAACGGCUACACCGGAGUAAACUGUGAGAUCCCCCCACCGACCCCCUGCGACAGUAACCCUUGCGUUAACGGUCAGUGUAUGGAAACGGGCAAUGGCUAUACAUGCCAAUGUAACAACGGUUUUAGCGGAGUCAACUGUGAGUCCACUGUCGCCCCACCCUUAGCCUGCGACAGCAACCCUUGUUUGAAUGGCGGAGACUGUAGAAAUGGAGUGAGUGGCUUCACGUGCAAGUGCUCAGCCAAUUUUGUGGGUGACAGAUGUGAGACUCCAGUGGGUAAUGCGUGUACCAGUCGGCCGUGUUCCAAUAACGGCCUGUGCGAGGUGGUUCAGCUGGACUCGUAUCAGUGCCAGUGCCAGGCUGGGUUCACUGGGGACCUGUGCCAGGAGGCAAUCACAACCUGUGGUCCUGAUGUCUGCUGGAAUGGUGGAGAAUGCUUCGAGGAUUAUAUUGGCCCGUUCUGCAUCUGUCAGGAAGGAUUCACAGGUUCUUGGUGUCAGGUAACUCCUGAUGUGUGUUACCCAAACAACCCAUGCCAGAAUGGUGGCAUCUGCUGGAACCAGAACGGACAAGUUUACUGCGAUUGUAAGAGCGGGUUUAAAGGUCCGUUCUGCACUGAGGCUGUCCAGGGAUGUGACCCUAACCCAUGCACAAACGGGGACUGCAUUGAAGAUAGCGGGGGUAACUUCCAAUGCAGAUGUCCUCCGGGUUUCACCGGCAACCGUUGCGAGGUCGUUGACCCCUGCACCUCCCGGCCCUGCCGUAACGGCGCGACGUGUCGCUCCACCAGCACGGCGUUCACCUGCGACUGCCGGGGAGGGUUCACCGGCGUCACGUGUGAGAUGGUGGGUCCCGCCUGCGUCAGUCAACCGUGUCAGAAUGGUGGGCAGUGCCAGCCCAACAGCGAUGGGUCGUAUUCGUGUUUCUGCGUACCAGGAUUUGUUGGCGGCCAGUGCCAGUUAAACAUCAACGAGUGUCUCAACAAUAGCUGCCAGAACGGAGCCAUGUGCGUGGACAGGAUUAAUGGAUACACGUGUCAAUGUGCAGUCGGUUACAGUGGAACUUACUGCGAGAACAGGGACAAUUGUGCCACCUCCCCGUGCCUGAAUGGAGCGGUCUGCCAGAACACCCCAAAUCCCCUCUAUGGAACGGCCUACACCUGUUCCUGUGCAAUCAAUUACGUCGGGGUCAACUGUGAGAGUCGUGACUUCUGUGCCGCAACGCCCUGCCCGGCCGGCGUGGCAUGUUCUAAUAUUGGGAACUCGUUCCUCUGUGAUUAUUGCUUGGGUAACCCAUGUCAGAAUGGAGCAACGUGCACCAAUGAUGUGUCGUCCGUUGAAGGCUUUACCUGUACGUGCGUCAACGGAUUCACUGGUGUCCUGUGCGAUGUCGAUGUGGACGACUGUGCGAACACGCCCUGUCUGCAUGAUGGAAUAUGCACGGACUUGGUGAAUGGCUUCAGCUGUAGCUGCGUGGAUCCCUACUACGGCCUGAGAUGCCAAGCCAGCAUCUGUGACAGUGUACAGUGUGGGGCAGGGGCCCUGUGUCACCCCGUCUCUCUCACCGAGUCUGUGUGUCUGUGUCCCUUCGGCACCACUGGGGAAUUAUGCUCUGACAGUAUAUCCAUCACUGUCCCGUCAUUUGGAGCCUCUAGCUACAUGCAGUACAGUCACACGUUCAGCGGCUCGCUGACGAUAGCGGUGUCAGCUAGAUCAGCCAGCGCUAACGGAGUGGUGCUCUAUGCGGUGCCCAUGUCUGAUGGAAUAGGUUACAUCACCAUCAUUUUCACUGGUGGCCGUGUGGCACUUAGCGUGCAGGACAUGAGGGGUUCAGAGAGUGUGGUUACCAGCCUACAGGCCACGUAUACCGAUGAUGCCUUCCAUCUGAUUGAGGUGCGACAACUCGCUGGUACCCUGCAGUUGGUGGUUGAUGGUAGCGACGCUUCAUCGGUGCCCUUCACAGGAACUCUCUUCACUGGGUCCAGUCGUGUGUUCAUCGGAGGCAUUCCAUUCGAAAUUGUGCCACCUCCCGUCAUCACUGCCAGGGAUCUGAACGGCUGUGUCCGGGAUCUGCAGCUGGGGUCUACGUCUGUCGAUCUGACCGGUGAUUUUGCCGCGUCGGUGAACGUCAAUAACUGCUUCAUUCCAGUGUGUGACAGCAUCGAUUGCAACGCCAGAGGCAAUUGCACCGAACUGAGUGGUAGCGACUAUUCUUGCAGCUGUGCUGUAGGCUUCACUGGUAAAGACUGCCAGGUACCAGCGUGUCACACUAGCUCAUGCCAACAUGGUGGAACAUGCGUAGUCCAGCAAGGCAGCACAGUAUGCAGAUGCGCUCUGGGAUACGCCGGGCCAAUCUGUGAAACCGCUGUGCUCUUUAACAUCCCACAAUUUGCCAACACAUCUUACAUCAAGUAUGCCCUGCCAGCCGGCCAGCCUGUUAUUGAUAGCCUGGCAAUCACUAUGGAGUUCAGAGCGGAGGAACCUGAUGGUCUGUUACUGUAUGGUAGCCAGGCUAACGUCAUGGGAGACUUCUUCUCACUGUCGCUCGCGGACGGUCGCUUGGAGUUUGAGUAUAACCUUGGCAUCGACACGGCAAGAUUAAUCAGCAGUCCAGUCACCCUCAACACCUGGGUCACAGUGACCAUUCAGCGUAAUGGAAAGUCCAGUGUGAUGACUGUAACUGGACAGAGCCCUGUAACAGGUACUUCCAGUGGUCUCCUCUCAUCGCUCAAUGUGCUGCCUGAGGUGUUUGUUGGAGGCAUGGAUGACCUGACCCCUGCGACCUUGAGGUCAGGGGUCAGUGUGGGGUUCACGGGCUGCAUCCUGUCUCUGUCCAUACAGGGAUAUUCUUACAGUUUCAACCAAUCAGAGGCCCUGAGCGGAGCCAACGUGGCCCAGUGUGAUCAGAAUCUCUGCGAGGCCCAGCCCUGCCUGAACGGCGCGCAGUGCCUGCCGUCACCAGGCUCCUACACCUGCCAAUGCCCCACGGGAUACCACGGCAUCCACUGCGGACAGUCCCACGAUGGGUGCUUUGAGAACACCCAGUGCGCCAGUGGCUCGACAUGCCUGGCCGUGGGGAACGCCUUCCGCUGCGUGUGCCCGUUCAACCGGACCGGGGAGUUUUGUGGGGAGGAGCAGGAUCUGACCAAUCUCAGCCCUAGUUUCAAUGGCUCCUCCCACCUGACCUUUGACCCUGUGACGGCAGCCAGUCAGCAGACCAGCAUCAGCUUAACCUUCCGCCCGUCAGCCAAUGACGGCCUCUUGAUCUACACAGGGGAGAGCCGGUCCGGUGGGGAUUUCCUGGCUCUGGGCAUGCUGGGAGGCGUGGUGCAACUCAGAUAUAACCUAGAUGUUAGCACGGCCAUCCUCACUAGUCAAGCCAUCGCCUUAGACCAGUGGCACACGGCAUCCCUUCAGCGCAAUGGUCACUCAGCUGACCUGUACGUGGACGACCAAUCGAUCACUUACCAGGGUAGUGGUCUUGCCGGGCUGACCGUUACCGGCCCGCUGUACGUGGGUGGGGCUCCGGACUAUGGUCAGCUGCAUGUGGACGCAGGUUUCUUUACGGGAUUCCAAGGAUGUAUGCAAGAUUUACAGGUGGGCGGAACCAGUGCCACGCCCAUCCUCUGGCAGACAGCCAUCGGUGGUGUUGACAUCGGUCAGUGUGCCUACAGUCCCUGUACCCCCAACCCCUGCCUGCGUGGUGGGCAGUGCCUGGUGGUGGAUGACAGUACGUUCCAAUGCAGCUGCACUGUGGGUUGGACCGGAACCACAUGCGAAAUAGCUACCAGCGUGACCAUCCCAUCUUUCUCUCCUCCUUCCUAUCUCGCGUACUCCUUCAUUCUCAUCCCUUCCACCACCACCCGCAUCCGUAUGGAGUUCAAGCCCACGGCUAGCGACGGCGUGCUGUUCUGGAACGCUGACAGUAACGACUACAUCGGGAUCGGACUGGUGGAGAACUACGUACAUUUCACGUUUGAUCUGGGCUCAGGCCAAGCCAACAUCAUCAGCGGCACCGCGGUCACUGUCGGCCAGUGGCAUGAGAUCUACGCCGUCCGGGAGUCGGUCAACGGUCAGCUGACACUAGACAACCAGCUGACCAUGUCCACCGGUCAGUCUCAGGGCCAAAGCAUCGGUCUGAGCGCUGGGGCCAUGACCUAUGUGGGAGGGUACGGCCAGGGAGUGGUCAUACCGAGCAGAGCUAGGAUAACUGGAGGUUUCUCGGGUUGCAUUCGGCGGUUGGAGGUCAACGACCAGCCCCAGCCUUUAGACCGACCCCAGGAAGGUCAAGGGCUAUCUGAGUGUCAAGACGACAGUCCCUGCAAUCUCAACCACGCCUGCGUCAACGGUGCCACUUGCCUGGAUGAUGCUGUAGACAGCAAGGGUUACCGGUGUAGCUGUCUACCAGGCUACACAGGAGAGUUUUGUGAGACCACACCCUGCCAGUCACUCCCAGCUGCCAGCCAAUGCCAAAAUGGCGGCACGUGUUACCAUAACAACAACGGACAAGCUACCUGCCUCUGCACACUGCAGUAUACGGGAGCCACUUGUACUGACAGCCUGACAUACACCACACCACAGUUUAUGGGCCGGAGCUAUUUGGAAUUUUCAUCGGAGGUUAUUGCCAGUGCUUUUUCGUCCAACCAGUUCAGCGUGACCUUCCGCACCAGCGACCCCUCAGCCAACAGCCUGAUCCUGUGGUUCGGCGCAAGCACCAGCGACGAUUUCAUCGCGUUUGGAAUCAAGAACCAGCGGGCAGAGUUCCGCUACGAUCUCGGUGACGGUGUGGGCAUGGCAAGGGCUAACAGUAUCCCCAUCAACAGCAACAUGUGGUACAGCGUCACCAUCAUGAGAUUUGGCCGAACGUCUACCAUGACAAUACAGGACCUGAACCAGAACUCACAGACUGUGACAGCGCAGAGCCCCGGCACGCAGUCAGGACUAAACGCAUUUGGCAGCCUGCUGUACUUGGGUGGAUACCCUGACGACAUAUCACAGCUGACCGGCGGCUACUUUGACAGUGGCCUUAUCGGAUGCAUCACUCAGCUUAGUACGGCCCUCAAUCCUGCUAGCCAGUCCCUGGUAGCGGUCAGCCUAAACAGUGACCCGACCAACGGGGCCGGCAUUGCUAACUGCCCGUAACUCAAAGGGUCACGAGUGGCCCGCCAACUUUUAUCAUUGCGAGGGCCUAAAGCUGCUCUUUCCUAGCUACAUGUAUUUUGGAGUUUCACCCGGAGAAAAAGUAAAGUUUGUUUUUAAUGGCAUGUAGGAUCAUUUGCAACACUCAAAAACAAAUGGUAUUAUUGAUUCUAAGUAAAUAAAAGUAUGAAACAUCCUGUGAAAUGCGAUGCCUGGAAUGCUGUCUUUCUAAAGAUUAGAGGAAUUUUGUGUCAGUAUUAACAAUGGUUAAGACCUUAGGAUCGCUGAGAACAAACAUUUUUUCUCAAAUACUGUUAAUUUGUUAAACGGUCAAGAGCUGGAUGUUGACUUCAAGCGUACGCUCAGGUACUAUGUAUGUAUUACUUUCCCCAACGACAAAGCCGACACUCCGGCACUCCCUGUGACCCAUGGGUUCUAUGACAGAUUCCACAAGCUGCACAUAGACCGUUAAAAUUGAACAGCGUUGUUUUUAUGAAUUGGGCCAUUUCAUUAAAUUACGAUAAUUGCAAAUGAUCCUAUAUGCCUUGAAAGUGUGAUUUUUUUUUCUGAAUUGAAUAUUUUGAAGAGCAUGGAAAAUAUUGCUUAGCUAAUUUUUGUGUUAAGCAAAAUUCGGCAGAGAACCAGUUCUGGGCCAAAUUCUUUACAAACAUGUUUAAAUGGGAACCUGUUUUUGCUAAGCAAAUAUUUUCUAUGCUUAGCACAUUUCUGUGGUUAGCAGUUCCUUGAAAUUGGAAUAGAAUCCUGGUCUUGUAAGUAACUGCCUUUGACUUGUAUUUUACUCGGCCCAGUGAUUCUUGCUGUGCGAGGACGUCAUCCAAGGUUGAAAUUUGUGUAGAGAGUUCACUAACGAAACUUUCUUAUUAAGGGAAUGAAUAAGCCAGUGCUUUGAGGCAGCAUGGAUUUAGGUAUGGUAUUUCUGGUAUUUGCAAGUAACGCAAUGAUUCCUAAACAAAGGUUCAUGAUCGUUUUGAUCUUGUUCUCAUUAAAAAAAUUUACGAAGGCCUCAAUUGGAACAGACUUUUAUGGACAGAAUUCUUGCUUUCAAAUAUCAGAAUCAAAACUAAAUAUAUGCCUAAAGUACUGUUUGCUUAAUGUUUGUAUUGAAUAACAUUCCUUUUUAAACUCGUGCUCAUGUACUUAAUGUGAAGGUUUGGAAAACUAUUUAAAUUUGUACUCGGUUUUAAACCAAUUUGACAUUUUAAACCAAGAUUUUUCCAAAAGGUUUUUAAUAUAUCUGCACAUUUCCUUCAGCUGAAAUGAGUGAUGUCUGUGUUUUUUAUACUCUAUUUUUGAUAUUGCCGUCCCAAUGUUGCUUGAAAUUCUCGUCAAGAAGGGACACAGUGACACACAGGGUAAGAGUUAGGGGAGGAGACACACAGUGUAAGAAAGAUGUGGACAAUUAUGCCAUCUUAGUUGCAUUCCCCGUGCUGUUAUCAAGUUUCACCCUGAAAAUGGAUUUCAUCUCUAACUUGCAUUUUUUUUAGCAAAACAAAAGUUAUUCUUAAAUGAGACAUCAACCGAAAAAAAAUUGGCCCAUGUUUUAAUAGUUGUCAAGUUACUACUUUACAGUUCAUCUGAUUGGCUGCCAGACCAUUCUGUUCUCACGGGGUAGGCUGGUUCCCGCCCCUAAAAUCAGUAUUAAUAAUGUAAGGAGCCAGUCUGCUCGCAAAGUGGAUCUGUUUGUGCCAAAAACAAAAACCUUUCUGCAAACGGUUACAGACAUCCAAAAAAGGAGUUUUAACUAGUUCAUGUCGGAUAAAAUUGAUACACGCAAAGUUUUUGCAGUAUCGGAACAGAUGACGGAUAAACACGCAAUAAUAAGACCGGAAAUAUCUGUCAGCGUCCCGCUCGCAGCAUGCGAGGCUGGAAAUAUCAGGGUGUGCUACCCGCACAUGACGG